CAAGAAUUGCUUCCUCGUUUUUCAAAGUCUUGUAGAGUUGAGUCUUUCAUACUCCAACCGUCUCCUGAAUGUUUCAUACAUUGUAGCCCUCUUCGUUUAAUCAGAUACACUUCACUUUCUCUUCCACGGCCAUUACUGUUCCUCUUCAUUUGGAUGCCAUGAUCUACAGGACAUAAACAUUUUCGCUAUUCCAGUAAAACUGACUGCAAUAAAGAGUCACUUGCAUGUUGCUCUUUUGGAUCCAAUGUUAGAAAAUAACGGUACAGAAACACUUAUUCCGUCAUAUCGAAUGGGAUUUGCUUGACUUGGCGCUGGUGCGGGCUUCCGUAUCGUCUCCUCCGUAUGCUCUGCAACUUCAAGUAACUGCGCCAUCUGGCGUUGAAAUGCCUGUCAUUACAAGUCCAAAUGAAAUGAAUGCAGUCGUUGACAUUGAACCUUAAUUGUGUACCAACGGGCCGGAUUUGGCCCGCGGGCCAUAGAUUGCCUAUCUUCAUCUAGCUCCACCAAAAAUAUUAAACAGACAUGGAUAACAACACACAGGUGCUCGCACACACACACAUUCACUAAGGGAGAGAGAGAGAGAGAGAGAGAGAGGGAGAGAGAGAGAGAGAGAGAGAGAGAGAGAGACAGAGAGAGACAGAGAGAGACAGAGAGAGAGAGAGAGAGAGAGAGAGAGAGAGAGAGAGAGAGAGAGAGAGAGAGAGAGAUGGGGACAUUUUUAAAACGAUUACAGUAUGCCAGGUGUCACCAACAUUUUUGAGGGUGAGAGCAACUUCAUGUGUACCGAUUGUGUGAAGGGCUACCAAAUUGAUACACGUCUGAAAUAACAUAUUUGUCCAAAAUACCUUCAAUAAUAUGAGUAAGUGUUAUUUUUAAUACUUGAUGAUUUAAAUUGUCAGACUUUGAUCGUGUUUCGAAAUGUCUCACAGUACUGCCAAUGUUUGCAUUUUUAAAUCAUAAUUUCUACUAGCAAAUCACAAUGUCCAGGCACUGGCGGGCUACUCAAGUGGUCUUCACGGGCUACCUGGUGCCCGCAGGCACCAUGUUGGUGACCACUGCAGUAUGCUGUCUUUAACUUGAGGAGAAAAAAAGUGGGUGACUCUCCAGAGCCCCCACCCCGCCCUCGAAGAUCCUCAGACACCAUCUUCUUGAAACGUGAAAUCGGGCGCGGCUGACCAAACAUUUAGCUGGGUAAGCCUACUUUGCUCCUGUCUAUAUGCAGAUGUUGAACUGGAAAGUAAGAGAGCGGUCUUCCUCUUCUCGGCGCUAUGGCUUUCACUAUGCUCAGGCCGAUGUCGGCUCAUCGCUUCACUUUCUCCGUUGACUUGACCCUGACGUCGGACGAGGAAGAAGGGAACCGCAGCGAGAGCGAAGGCAGCACGGACCAGGGUUACAACUGCUGCGCAGUGCCCGGCACCAGCGGGGUCGUGGUCCACCAGCGAAACGCCGCCAACGCCAGAGAGAGACACCGGACUCAGAACGUCAACACGGCUUUCAGCGCGCUACGGACGCUCAUUCCCACGGAACCGAUGGACCGAAAACUUUCCAAAAUCGAAACGCUGCGUCUGGCGUCCAGCUAUAUUUCGCACCUGGCCAAUGUGCUGGUGGUGGGCGACGAGAGGGAGGACGGCGCGCCAUGUCUCAGCGCCGUGUACAAGGAGGUGAGGGGCAGAGGAGACCCCGGGCAGCCCCGGAGCAUCUGCACAUUCUGCCUCAGCAAACAGCGAAAAGGGGUUAAAGACAGCCGAUAUUGUGUGAAAAUGCACGGAGGGGCGGUGAGAAAAAUACCUUCUCGAUAAAACUCUUCCUUAUUUGGGACUGAAAAUGUCCUGCUAUUUUGAGGAAAGCCAUGCACAGCACAACCAAAGACUCUUUCUCUGUGUAUUUUAAUAUUAACUUGAGAAAAGUUAAGAAUAAAGCCGAGAGAUAUUUUGGUGAUCAGUUCAUGUUCAUAGUCAAACAUGGCCAAUUUCAUAACAAUGCUCUUGUACACAGGAAGGACUGUAGCAUUGUGCGCUUCACCACUAAGGAAUCCUAACUAUUUACUCAUUCCUGGAAUAUAAAAUAAAAGAAUUAAUAGUUGACAAUAUUGCAAUUCCAUCAUGAUGUUUGUAGAACGUUCUUAGACACAUUAACUUGCUUCAGAUCAAUCACUUUUACCGGUUUAGCUGAGUCUGAUUGUUGGUUGAUCAGAUUGACUGACGACUGAUGAGAGUUUUUUUUGUUUCUUAGUUAAAUGUGUUCACCAAAUGGAGUUCAAUGGAGUGCGUGCUGAACAACAAUUAAAUCCUGUAUGGGAAAGCAGCAAUAGUGUCCACAUUUCAUAUUGUAAUCGGGAGAUGUCUUUGUUUUGUUACAUUUGAUUCACACAUAUGCUAUAUAUGCCGAGCCUCAGGUUAAGCAGGUGAGUGGGAGCCAGAGGAACAUUAUUAUGUUUGACUUUUACAUGCCUCUGAAAGAAUUAAAACUAUGUUGGCAU